GCUGCCUCGGAGGACCACCACAACAAUGGCAGACAAGACCUUCCUUGUUGCGCUUGCACUCGCUCUGUGUGCAGCUGUCAUGGGCCAGAAAAGUCAAGAUCGUCCCCUCACUGGUGGCUCCGUAGUCUCCCUUUCCUCAAAGUUCACCAACUCAACCCCGAAUCCAGAGAUCGGACCUCCACCUGGAAGUAGCUCUGAUUCCCUUCCUCCAAACGUCCGUCAUACCCGAAGUAACCCUUCGGCCCUUCCUCCAAACCCCCGGCCGGGAAGUACUUCUUCUUCCCUUCCUCCUAAUCUCCGUCCAACUGGAAGCAACCCUGCUUCCCCUCCUCCAAACUCCCAUCCCGUAAACAGUUCUGGCUCCAUUCCUUCCAACAUCCGUCUAUACCCGAAGUAACCCUUCGGCCCUUCCUCCAAACCCCCGGCCGGGAAGUACUUCUUCUUCCUUCCUCCUAAUCUCCGUCCUCCAAUCUGGAAGCAACCCUGCUUCCCCUCCUCCAAACUCCCAUCCCGUAAACAGUUCUGGCUCCAUUCCUUCCAACAUCCGUCAUACCCGAAGUAACCCUUCGGCCAUUCCUCCAAACUCCCGGCCGGGAAGUACUUCUUCUUCCCUUCCUCCUAAUCUCCGUCCAACUGGAAGCAACCCUGGUUCCCCUCCUCAAA